GAACAGGUACAGCGAAAGGCCAGCUCAACGUAUUUACGACAGGCACAGCGUAUCGGGAAGAGGCACAGCGUAUUAAGGACAGGCACAGCGAAAGGACAGCUCAACGUAUUUCGGACAGGCACAGCGUAUCGCGGACAGGCACAGCGUAUCGAGGACAGGUACGGCGUAUAUAGGACAGGCCUAGCGUAUUUAGGACAGGCACAGCGUAUCGAGGACAGGUACGGCGUAUCGAGGACAACCACACUGUAUUGAGGAAAAGCACAGCGUAUCGAGGACAGGCACAGCGUAUCCGGGACCGGCGAGGGGGACUGAAAACCAAGAACCCCAUAAUCCCUUGCCAGCGGGACAAAACAUGGCGGCCCUACAGGUGAGACUAGCAGCUAAAUACAGGAAUUGCACCGACCUGUGAUUGGAAGAUAAAAAUAGUAUUUCAGUGACGAUGACGUGACAGUUCGUUACGUUAGCCGUUUCAAGAGUAAUGGUUUUUACACGAAAAAGACAGUCCACAGGAAAAUGCAAUAUAAUAUUAAAUAUUUCUCAAAGACAAACAGUGCAGUAUUCUUUUGAAGUCGGCUGACUCGCUAAGAGUCAAUGUCUUAUCGAAGUUGAAGUUCAACUGUCGCAAAUCGGAUAACUUCACUGAGUGAUUCUGAGAUGAAACCUUUUGUCUGCAUCCACAUUGAUCUUAGAUUUUACCACUUACAUAUUGAAGAAAAGCCAUAAACAGAGCUUCAAUGUCCACGUACACCCGACUGAACCUCGGUGCGAUUCCUGCAGAUACCGCUGUUCAUACUAAAUGCAGGAAUUGCACCGGACGCGUUCUCGUCCCCAGAGUGUUUUUUUUGAAACCACGACAAGACAUCGAUCCCUUUUCAAUAUAGUCUUGCGACAAAGGUCCGUAUUAAAAAAAUUAAUACUGUUGUGGGAGGGCAUGCAAUGAAUCAUGCUAAAGUUUCUAUUGGGAACACAAAAUAGAGGUACCAGGGAAUCACAGGGAACAACUGUGUAAGUGACAUAACUUUUUAUUUAACUUUGUAGCUAGUGUGCCGGUGGGGGGGAUUCCUAUACAAUAGGCACAGGGCGGCUCAUUAGAAAAUUUAGUGUACCAAAGACUUUCUUUGACCCCUCGAGGAGUCCACUUCAACACUGUUAGCAGUAAAGUAUGUGCAGGGCUUUUGUAAAUGGAUAUUUCUAUAUUUACUGACUUUCCACCCCAAUAUAAACAUACCAAUUAAGUGAGAUCAAAUUCUGUGUAUUUCUAUGCCUUUACUGAGAUGAGACAACUUGAUAAGUUAGAAGACAAGCAAUCCCUGUAACUUUUAUACAGGAGUUUCUCCCUCAAAAAGGCUAGUGUAAUUUAUUUGGAUUGUGUGGUUCCAGAAAAUAAACAUACCCACCAACCCCAAGGAAAAUUCUGAAGGGAGGGGGUUUGAAAGGCCAAGAUUUUUAAAGAAAAGUAUGAAAUUAACCUGAAUUUCCCGAAUGGUGGGGGCAUCCCAAGGAAAAUACCAUCCUUGGAGGGAGUAUGGAUAUUUCCUGGAACAACGCAUUUAUUGUUUGUUAUUAAUAAUUUAAAGGAAAAAUAACACAGUUUGUUUAUAUAAGUGUAUAUGUUGUGGUUCAAUUUGAUCCUUGGUUUAAAUUUUAGUUUCCUUUAUUGUAAACUCAUUAUCAUAGAUUACCAUACACAAAAAAACAAAGGAAAAUAUAAACCAAGGACAAAAUUGAACCACAACAUACAUAUAUUAAGCUUAUGUAUAAACUAGCCAACGUAUAUAUCUGUUACCUAGAUAACAUUUCGGCAAUGAUUUAUAUAAUGCUAAGAAAGUCAGACAUUCAUGCUCACAGCUUGGGGCUAUAUUUCACAGCCGGCAAAAAGUUGAUUAUCCCUGGUAGUAGUUUUGCAAAACAAAAAGCAAAUUUAAAACAAAUAGAAGAUUUCAAAUGUACAGAAACCAAAUUAAACAGUUUUUGAGUGCAUGAAACAGUACAUAUGUGUGUAAAUACUGUCAAGAAGGUCACUUACAACCCAUCGUGUGACACAGAGAGAAGCCACUUCAUUUGGUGUCAUGUCAUAGUUUGGAAUAAUAUAAUCAAAAGGAUUCAAGUAUAGAAUUUCCUGAAAUUUCUUUAUGGAACUUUCUGGAGGAUACAUUUGGACAGUCAGUGGUUUAAUGUAUGGUUCUGAAAACCAGUUUAAUUCUGCUUGGACGGCCCUUUGUAGAUCCCUUGCAUAAUGUACUUUUAACAUAUCUUUAACAUCAGAUAUGCUAAAACAUUGGGAGCCAUGCUGCAGAUAAUAGUAACCCUUCUCUUCUUUCUGCCAGAAGCUUAGCUGCUUAUCCCAUGUUGUUAACAGACUAAACGGUGGUAUUGUUUUCAAUGAAAAGGGGUUUGUUGUAAUUCUUGGAGAAUCUGACACAACAACAUCACCAUCAGCAUUUUGAGGGGAUUUUGUGGGGGGUAAAUUGAAUUCAAAGGCCUCUCUCCUGGUAUGGCUGGUAAGGGCAGAAGAGGUUACUUGCUUACUGCACUUUUGCCAGUCACCAGCCUGCAUGGAAUAGAGUUCAGAUUCAUUCAGAUGAGUGUUUAGUCAUUGACUGCCCUCAACUCCCUCCACCCCCCCAAAAAAAAAAUGAAUAAAAAAUAUAAAUCAAUGUAGAAAUGUUAUCCACAGGUACACAAAGUGUAAAUACAAGAGCUAAUUUCAGCAAACUCUUACAGGUGGACCGCCUUUUCCCUAAAUUUUGCGAGUGAACAUGACAUGUAACUCUAUUAGCUUAAAACAAGCACUGACUCGUCUUUAGUUUCUCCACAGACUUUUUUCUGCGAAAACUCAACCCCACCCACCCAUCCCCUAUGGCAGGUCAAAUGGUCCUCGCAGCUACGUGCUGAAACGCAAUGAUUAUUCGGUUUGCUGAAAAGGGGAUUUUUGUUUCUUCCAAAGGACAUGAUGGGAUUUAACCAGGCUGUUUAGGUGACCAUUAUUUUUACAUUGCUGAGGUAUUUCAGAUUCGAUAUACUCACCAAGGAGAGCAUGUUACACUUGUAAAGUCAAGCAGUAAAAGAAAAAAAGGCAAAGAACAAUCAGCCCGAGGUUUAGAUGACCUUUAGUCAGGAUCCUAUAACCCCUGCUUCAGUAUAAUUUAACUUCAAAUACAAGUGAUGUGUUAUUUCCAGUGGCCUAAGUCUUGUCCUAUCAAGCGAAAAUCAAAACGCGAGAAAAUCAAUUAAAGUUUCCCGCGGCUAUUUAAUUUAUGCCAAGUUGCGCAUUCGACCAAUGAGCGUCCGGUGUAUUCUCGUUCCCAGAGCCCGUCUUUCUUGGUCACGUGCUCUUUUGUUACAACUUAGAGUGACUCUGGGGACGAGAACGCGUCCGGUGCAAUUCCUGCAUUUAGUAUGAACAGCGGUAUCUGCAGGAAUCGCACCGAGGUUCAGUCGGGUGUACGUGGACAUUGAAGCUCUGUUUAUGGCUUUUCUUCAAUAUGUAAGUGGUAAAAUCUAAGAUAAAUGUGGAUGCAGACAAAAGGUUUCAUUUCAGAAUCACUCAGUGAAGUUAUCCGAUUUGCGACAGUUGAACUUCAACUUCGAUAAGACAUUGACUCUUAGCGAGUCAGCCGACUUCAAAAGAAUACUGCACUGUUUGUCUUUGAGAAAUAUUUAAUAUUAUAUUGCAUUUUCCUGUGGACUGUCUUUUUCGUGUAAAAACCAUUACUCUUGAAACGGCUAACGUAACGAACUGUCACGUCAUCGUCACUGAAAUACUAUUUUUAUCUUCCAAUCACAGGUCGGUGCAAUUCCUGUAUUUAGCUGCUAGUCAGGUGAGUAGGGAAAAAGGGAAGAUAUUUGUUUACACACAUUCUGACUGUUAUUUAAAUUUAAAACAAAAGAAAGAUUUCAUUUGUUUUGACAGCCGAUGUUUCUCUUGUUGGCACAUUAUGUCAGGUUUCCUGGUAGUUUCGAUACCAAGCCGUUUCGAUACAAAUUGAAGUCGAUUUGAUAUGACAUCCCUAGGGCUUCAACCAAAACCCUAAAAAAAAUCCCUGGACCAAAAUUUAACCUCAAAAAAAUUCCCGGGGGGGUCACUCGAGGGAAGUUUGGGAAGAGGUGCGCCGCCGAGGCCUUCAAACACCGAUCCUGUUUAAGACAAAAAUUGCUCAUUUCGCCACCCUGUUUAAGACAGGAGACACUACUUUCUGACCCUGAUGUAUUUGUUUUGCAUACAGAAUUAAGUAGUUUUUCACACUAAAAUCGUGGAAAUAGAUAUUGAGGAAAAAAUUAUUGGUACUGCAAAUGUAGACCGCUCAUCACAAGUCUUCACACUCUUUGAAAGGCUUUCAGUCCAAAAAGACACCCAGUUCAAGACGCUCAAUAGUGAAAUACCAUGUUUAAGACUCAAAACCUCCAAAACCGUACCCUGUUCAGCGGCACAUACCCGUAUAGGUCAAAUAAGGGAGUGCCUCCCCCGGGAAAAAAUCCCAUGCCGAAUUUCCGGCCUAUAAAAAUUUCCAGAAUUCAUUCAGUGAUAUAACACACAAAAAAGAAACAUUAGAAAUGGAAUGUUUGUGUUUGUUUAUUCAUCAGCACACCAUCUAGAGUGAGAAGCUUUUUCGCAUCUGGUGGUCAUUGUAAUAAAGACACUCGAGACACCCAAGAACAUUAAGGCAAAAGGGAGUUCAAGUGACUAUAUUAAAAGCCGGGUGAUAAACGGAGAUAACAAAAAAUGAAUUGAAGCGUUGGUUUACACCCCGGGACACUUUGCAGACCAUUGACAUGAUUGGUUGUAUAGUAACCGGUUUUAUGAAAAAGAUGCCAUGUUUUGUCCCGCUGGCAAGGGAUUAUGGGGUUCUUGGUUCUCAGUCCUCCACGAUAUGCUGUGCCUGUCCUCGAUACGCUGUGCUUGUCCUCAAUGCGAUGUGGUUGUCCUCGAUAUGCCGUGCCUGUCCGCGAUACGCUGUGCCUUUCCUAAAUACGCCGUGCCUGUCCUAA